AUGCGCAAGCAACCGCCGGGCCAACAAGAGCAUCUCUACAAGCUGCUGGUCAUCGGCGAUCUGGGCGUGGGCAAGACCAGCAUUAUCAAGCGCUACGUCCACCACAACUUCUCCCCGCACUACCGCGCCACCAUCGGCGUGGACUUCGCCCUCAAAGUCCUCAGCUGGGACUCGGAAACGGUGGUGCGCCUCCAGCUGUGGGAUAUCGCCGGUCAAGAAAGGUUUGGGAACAUGACCCGGGUCUACUACCGAGAAGCUGUGGGAGCUUUUGUCGUCUUUGAUGUUACAAGGCCAGCUACCUUUGAAGCCGUAACCAAGUGGAAGCAGGAUUUGGACACUAAAUUGACUCUCCCUAAUGGCCAGGUGGUGCCAACUGUCCUGUUAGCAAACAAAUGUGAUCAAGGCCAAGAGUUACUGGUGAAUAAUGGCUUCAAAAUGGACCAGUUCUGCAAGGACAAUGGAUUUGUGGGGUGGUUCAAAACAUCGGCUAAGGACAACAUCAACAUUGAGGAAGCUGCUCGGUGCUUGGUGAAACACAUAAUUUCCAGCGACAGUGAACCAGUGCAGUCUAUCAAGCCAGAUGUCAUUAACCCUCAACUGAAUCCCUCCAAACGCAAUCCCUGCUCAGCUUGUUUCAGAACCUAAGGAAUUUCCAAGCUGUUUAUAGACAUUGGAACUGAGCCCGUAAGAACUCAUGAAUAACCCAUGAAGCAGGAUCUCUCCAAUGCGAGGCAGCUAGGCUUGCGUUGCUCUUGAGCAAACAGGAAACAAA